GCAGCUUUAGGGAACAACAUCCAAGAAGCAAAUAGGAUUCUCCCUGAUGUCGGACAGCCUUUCUCCCCCACAUACACGCACAGUCCCAGGCAGACGCUGCGCGCACGCUUCCCACAGCGAGCGCAUAUGCUCCCACCCCCAUCAGCUCCCCUGUCAGUGGGGCAGUUGCACGCACUCUGCCUUCCACCCAACGGGAACCGGCGGCAGGAAAUGAAGGCUGUGAGAGAGAACCUGGCCACGCACGCUUUCCCCCCGACACUCCAGUGCUGACACAGAGUGCACCGCUAUACCCGGAAUCGCAAGCUGGAGCUGAUUCUCCCCGAGAAGCACCUUGUCCGAUGCCCACAGGUGUAGGUGGCCGCAAUUGCAAGCCUAGUCGGAAGACCCACGUGCCCCCCACCACCACCACAACCACCGCGAGGACCCAAGAGAGGGACAGGCGGCCGGCGGGACACGUGCGGGCAAAGACGCUGUUGGGGCUUUGCUGAUGUGAAGGCGUUGCCUGUUGGGUUCCUGUCCUGGGUGUCUGGUGCACUGUUCCAGCCCUAGUAAGGCUGAGAAGGGGCAUGGCUGUCUGUCCAGGCCUGGACUUACUGGGCCUUUGUCUACUGUUGGUCACAGCACCUGGGUCUCAAGGCCAAAGCUGUCCCUCGCACUGUGAUUGCGUGCCCCAGAGGAAGGUUGUGAUUUGCCAGAACAAGCACCUCAGUUCGUUUCCAAACGGAGUUUCUGCCGACACGCGGCUGCUAGACCUGCGUGGCAAUAGUUUGCGCUGGGUGGAACAUGAUAAUCUGGCAGCCCUCGUCUAUUUGGAGGAGUUGGAUCUUAGUGAGAAUCUCAUCAGCGUGCUAGAACCCAAUGCUUUUUCCAGCUUGCUGAAUCUACGCGUGUUGCGCCUGCGUGCCAACCAGUUGAAGCUGGUGCCAAUGGGAGCCUUCUCGCAUCUCGCCAAUCUCACGACUUUGGACCUGAGUGGGAAUAAGCUUGUCAUCUUGCUCGACUUCACUUUCCAGGAUCUGCAUAACCUUCGACACCUGGAGGUGGGUGACAAUGACCUGGUGUACAUCUCGAACAAGGCCUUCCUGGGCUUGGUUGGCCUGCGGGAGCUCACCAUCGAAAGGUGCAACCUGACCUCUAUCUCAGGCCAGGCUCUUUCCUACCUCCGUGGCUUGGUUACACUGCGACUAUGCUACCUCAGCAUCGCCUCACUAGAGGAACAGAACUUCCGUAAGCUUGGUGGACUGCGUGGCCUAGAGAUAGACCACUGGCCCUUCUUAGAGUACAUUUCCCCGCACAGUUUUCAGGGCCUAAACUUGUCCUGGCUGACUAUUACCAACACAAACAUUACCAUGAUUCCCACCAGUGCCCUCCGCAACCUUAUCCACUUGGCCCGCCUAGACCUCUCGUACAACCCCAUUUCUGUGCUGGAGUCCUGGUCCCUGCAUGACCUGAUCCGUCUGAAAGAGCUGCACCUUGUGGGCACCAGAUUGGUGUCAGUGCAACCUUAUGGCCUUGGGGGUCUGCAGCAGAUCCGCCUGCUCAAUCUGUCCAACAACGGGCUGGUCACGCUGGAGGAGUCUGCCUUCCACUCGGUGAGCACGCUGGAGUUGCUGCGGGUGGAUGGCAAUCCGCUCUCCUGCGACUGCCGCCUGCUGUGGAUCCUGCAGCGGCGCAAGACCCUAGGCUUUGGCGGCCGGCCGCCGGUGUGCACCACACCCAUGGAGGUGCGGGGCAGGGCCCUCAGCGCCUUCGCUGAUGCCACUCUCCUUGACCACUUCACCUGCCAGCGGCCCAAGAUCCGCAACCGUAAGCUGCAGCAGCUGAGCGCUCGUGAGGGCCAGGCGGUGUCGUUCCUGUGCCAUGCAGAAGGGGAGCCGACGCCAGUCAUCUUCUGGAUAUCGCCCCAGCGCCGCCGCAUCACCACUAAAAGUGUGGGCCGUGUCACCGUGCUACCGGAGGGAACGCUGGAGAUCCGCUACGCCCAGGUGACGGAUAGCGGCACGUACAUCUGCAUUGCCAGCAAUGCUGGCGGCAACGACACCUACUUCGCCACACUCACGGUCAGCGGGCUGCCACUGGAUGCAGCCCUUGCAGCAAAUCGCACCUACUACAUGGGUGACCUCAAUGACACAAACCAGAAUGACACGCAUGUCUUCCUGAAGUUCACACUGGACCUCAAGACCAUUCUGGUGUCCACGGCCAUGGGCUGUAUCACGUUUCUGGGUGUGGUCCUUUUCUGCUUCCUGCUCUUGUUUGUGUGGAGUCGUGGACGCGGACAGCACAAGAACAACUUUUCAGUGGAGUACUCCUUCCGGAAGGUGGAUGGCCCUGCAACCAGUGGUGGUCAAGGAGGGGCUCGAAAAUUCAAUAUGAAGAUGAUAUAGAGGCCUAAAACAAGGUUCUGUGCUUUUUAAACAUGAAGGCAGGGUAACUAAGUCAUGCACUGAAGAGUUUGGUGGAUGUAUUUGCCCUUCAUUUUUGUGGACAAUUUUCAGAGUCCCUUUUAUUGUAAAAUUUCAUUCAGACAUAAACUGCUCCUAUAUAUCUAGAUAUUUCUACAAAUAGAGAAAUAAGCCAUGAUUCCACAAUAGUGUGUACAAUGGUAUAGCAGUAUGUUGCUUCAGCAAUUUAGCAGUGUGUGCUCUGAAAACGCAUACACGAUAACUACUCACUUAAUUAUAGAGAUGAACAAAUAAUAUCUAUUCAAUUUAAUUAAUAACUGUAUAGCAGCACAGAUUGUUAUUCUGUAAUAGAAGUGUUAUUACAAAUAAGUCAAACUUGUGAAGAGAGUCAAUUGUCCGACAUUGAGCACAUUCUUCUAAUGCUGCAGGUGCAUUAUCAAAGGUGCUCUCUGACUGCCAAGGAAAUGCCAAAAUGUCCUGAUGUAAUAAGGUGUGGAGUUUGUCCAGACUAGGAAAGGGCUCCUUUUUUUUUGCUGUUCACCUUGACAACAGCAGCAUGUAUGGUUUGCACUGCCAACCACCAAUUAAAUGAUGAUGUAGACAAUUGUACAAUUUUUUAAAAAUCCCACUUUGUUUUACCUGGUGGUGGAAAGCACCAUUUUCAAGGACUGUAACUGAGUUCUUAUAUCGCUUUCCUAAUUACGAUUAUCGAUUUCACAUCGGCACACUAAUCUGCGCAGUCAGUGAUGUCGAAACCUUAAACAAAGCACAUACACUUUUUUUCUUAUUACAGAGAGAACUUGUAUCUGUCAAUCACUAUUAUUAGCAGUGUGACAUUUUUCUUGUGUAAAGACGUUCAAGUAUUUAUAACCGUGUAUAUAUAUUCAGUUGUUUUGUGUAUAGUGUUUCUGUGUCUAGUUUUGAUAGACUUUAUUAUGCUGUGUUGUGAGAAACAUUUUAAACGGUCGACGCAGGAGGUAAUACACAGUAAUAAACAACACUUUUUUUCUCCAAGACUUUUUUUUCCCUUGCAAAAGCAUGGGCUACUAUCUUGUGUUUGUAGUUAAUAAUGUCACAUGACCGAUAGUGCUUACAAAUGUUACGUGAAAGGUCCCAUCCCUGCGCGCCAAAAUCAUUUAACUAAGCUACACUGCUGCCCUCAGCUGGUGGGAAGUGUUUAGUAACAAGGUAUUAGCGCACGAACCCUUCUAACUACAUGCAUAGGUCGUCUAUCUCACAAACUGAUUUUUACACUAAAUGGAGAGUCCUGUGCAUUCUUUUGCUCUUUGUCAUUAAACGUUUAGUUCAAGAUAUAAGGAUGGACUACACUCUUGAAAACAAAUGUUCUGGGUUAAAUAGUAAAAAAAAAAAAGGUUUAUAUAUUUAAAGAUUAAUUAGAUUCACAUCAUGUUUUGAACAAAAGGGAAUUACUUCAAGUUAGUUUUAUUCUUUCACUGUACAUUUAACUACUGUUUAUAAAUGUGUGUAUCCUAAAAUGUCUUUGCUGUCUUCUG